CGUGCCGUUGGAGUCAAGCAGCAAGCCGCAUGCCACCGGCGUCGUACGAGUGCACCCGCGUCCUGCGCGGCCAUGUGGGCCCGGUCAUCGCAGUCCGCUUCAAUGACAAGGGCACGUACUGCAUGAGCUGCGGCAACGACCGCACGAUCAAGCUCUGGAACCCGCACCGCGAUGGCCUCGAGGGCCCCGAGUCGGCGUUCCUCGUCAAGUCGUACACGGGUCUGCACGGCUACGAGGUGCGCGACGUGGCCAUCGAGCAUGACAAUGCCAAGUUUGUGUCCUGUGGCCGCGACAAGGCCAUCUUCCAGUGGGACGUGGCCACGGGCAAGGUCGUGCGCAAGCUCGACGGCCAUAGCCACAGCGUCAACGCGGUCGAGUACAAUGACGACUGCUCGGUCGUCGCCAGCGCCUCGUAUGAUAGCACCGUGCGUCUCUGGGACAUGCGGUCGCGGAACUCGUUUGCGCCGAUUCAAGUCCUCGACCACUUCAAGGACAGCGUCACAAGCGUCAAGAUGACCGACCACGAAAUCAUCACGGGGUGCGUCGAUGGCUAUGUGCGCAGCUACGACCUCCGCGCCGGGCUCCUCACCCAAGACAACCUCCACAGUCCCGUCGUCAGUCUCCAGCUCUCGAGCGACCUCAACUGCAUCGUGGCGUCGACGCUCGCCAAGCGCGUCGUUCUCUUUGAGGCGGCGUCGGGCACGGAGCUCAAUGCGUUUGAAGGCCAUGCACUCUCUUCCUACGGUGUCGAAUGCGGCUUUACGUUCGACGACGCGCAUAUCAUUAGCGGCUCGGAAGACGGCCGCGUGCUCAUCUGGGACAUGCUGCACGCGACUGAUGCGUCGCGCUCGUUCCUCGCACACGGGGCCAACACGCCCGUCCGGUCGGUCGUGAGCCACCCGACCGAAGACAUGCUCCUGACCGCGUCCAUUGACAGCACGGUCAAAGUCUGGCGUCGGUCCUUGUACUAAGAUCCUAGAUUUAAUAUACAUGACGUCGUGCUUGGCGGUCCACGG